GCAGGUGCACCGAGGCUCGACACACAGGUCAGCUAUCUGAGUCGUACAGACAAGAUCCUCUCCAGCAACAUGAAGGCUUUCGUUGUGCUCCUGGCGGUGGUGGCUGUAGCCUCAGCACAGACUAACCACCCCACUGGUGGUUCUGGUGCUGGUUUAGCGGGUGCUGGUGGCCCUGGAGGAGCCGGUGCUGGAGCAGGAGCUGGAGCUGGAGCUGCUGCGGGUUUUAAGUCUCCCUAUGGACCUAAAGUGUACGGUUUUGGCCUCAACAACCCCUGGGCCUUCCCACACAACCCCCAACUGGUGCGGUACGCCGAGAGGUUGGCCGCCCAGCAACCCGGCGUGCUUGUGAGAGUGAACGCUGACGGAGAAAUUGACUUCACCAACCAGUAUGGUAUGGAAGUAGACUUAGUCUCACCCUUCGGUAUGGAAUUGGAAAUAUAAAAAAAAUACACUUUGUCCUUCAUCCCCCCUCCCUUACACACACCCCUAAGUAACGCCGCUAAUGAACGCUUUCACUUCUCAGUUUUUUUCAUCAGUGCCAACAAAAAGCAGUUCUGAAGCCCUAGUCCACUCACUGUGUAAGUCAUACAAUUCGCAAUAUCAAAAGGCAUCUCACUGAUAUUAUAUCUUAAGAAAUCUCAAAUUGUUGAAGAAAGCCUUCAUGUAUAUAUUUAUUCUUUUACGGCUUACUACUCCCUGUCUUUUUUCUCGUCAACUAGUCUCCUAAUACCAUCUCAUACCUCUCUUGGAAAUGUUUGAUUCAAUAGCCCGAGACGGUGUGAACUGUUUCGAGUCCUCACUACUGGAUACCCCCGCUCGAGCCUCUGUGUUGAGUGGAGGUGUACGGUGAGGGAGAGGAAACUGGCACACUAGACCCGGGAAUUUUGGUUGACCUGUGUUUAAAGUAAUGUCUAUAUACCCAUACUCCUGUGGCAUCAGGAAUUUAGCAUAUUAACAAGGGAUAAAUUUAUUGGUGAUGUACAGUAUAUUGAUUGUAAAUAAAGUUAUAGACAUUA